CGUGUUCGUAGCCGCUGGACUGCUAGCUGCGUGUUAGCCACCGCUAGCCAGCUCGUCCCCCUCCGUGUUGGAGUCCGACGCUGAAAAAUGUCCGAUUUUGACGAGUUCGAGCGGCAGCUGACCGAGAACAAACAAGCUGACAGAGAUAAAGAGAAUAAACACCACCGGCGCAGCAGCUCGAGGAGUCGGAGCCGAGAUCGGGACCGGAAGAGGAGGAGCAGAGAAAGAGAGGGGAGAGGCAGCCGAGACCACCAUGGGGACAGCAAGGACCGCAGACAUAGACGGAGUCGCUCCCCGCACCGUGAGAAGAAGAAGAUUAAAGUGAAAAAGUAUUGGGACGUUCCUCCUCCCGGCUUCGAGCACAUCACGCCCAUGCAGUACAAAGCCAUGCAAGCUGCUGGACAGAUUCCUGCCACUGCCCUUCUUCCCACAAUGACCCCUGAGGGUCUGGCCGUGACCCCGACUCCCGUGCCUGUUGUGGGAAGCCAAAUGACCCGCCAGGCGCGACGACUCUACGUGGGCAACAUCCCUUUCGGCAUCACAGAAGAGUCCAUGAUGGACUUCUUCAAUGCUCAGAUGCGGCUUGGAGGCCUAACUCAGGCCCCAGGAAAUCCGGUGCUUGCUGUGCAAAUCAACCAGGACAAAAACUUUGCCUUCCUGGAAUUCCGUUCGGUGGAUGAGACGACGCAGGCCAUGGCCUUUGAUGGCAUCAUCUUCCAGGGUCAGAGUCUGAAGAUCCGCCGACCGCAUGACUACCAGCCUCUGCCGGGCAUGAGCGAAAACCCCAGCGUCUAUGUGCCAGGCGUCGUGUCCACAGUGGUGCCCGACUCGGCGCAUAAGCUUUUCAUUGGCGGGCUGCCCAAUUACCUCAAUGACGAUCAGGUGAAGGAGCUCUUGACAUCAUUUGGUCCUCUCAAAGCCUUUAACCUGGUUAAGGACAGCGCUACUGGCCUUUCGAAAGGCUACGCCUUCUGUGAAUACGUUGACGUCAACGUCAGUGACCAGGCUAUUGCUGGCCUCAAUGGCAUGCAGCUGGGUGACAAGAAACUCCUGGUCCAGAGAGCCAGUGUUGGAUCCAAGAACACUUCCCUGACCAGUAUAAACCAGACGCCAGUGACGCUGCAGGUGCCGGGCCUGAUGAACAGCUCUAUGAACCAGAUGGGAGGAAUCCCCACUGAGGUCCUGUGCCUGAUGAACAUGGUGUCCCCCGAGGAGCUGCUGGACGACGAAGAAUACGAGGAGAUCGUGGAGGACGUCAGAGAUGAGUGCAGUAAAUAUGGGCAGGUGAAGAGCAUCGAGAUCCCGCGGCCUGUGGACGGCCUGGAAGUGCCUGGCACCGGAAAGAUCUUUGUGGAGUUCAUGUCGGUGUUUGACUCUCAGAAGGCCAUGCAAGGGUUAACAGGAAGGAAGUUUGCCAACAGAGUGGUGGUGACCAAAUAUUGCGACCCAGAUGCCUACCACCGCCGAGACUUCUGGUAGAGGGGGAGAGGAAUGGAGCAAAGAAAGAGAGAGACAUGAAGAGGAGUCUGGUAUUUCCAGUCUGCUGUGUUUUUUAGAUCAUAGGGUUGUGAGAGGGAUUGAACAGUUUUUAGGAUAACCGGUAACAUAACCGGUGUGGGUGUACUGUGCACCCUUCAUUGGUGGUGUUAUUGACCUUCCCCCCCAACACAUGCUAACACUUUUAAAUGUAACUCCUGUAAGGCUUCAGGUGUGGAACAGUGACCAUUCAAGACAUUUCGGUGGAAAAAAUAAGGACUUUAAGAAUGAUUGGGCCUACCUCUAAAAAUAAAUCUGGAUAUUAGUA